CCAAUUUCAACAUGGCGGUGGCAGCAACACCAGCUGUAUCUGAUCAGCCCGAAGCACAGACUCCGGGGCAGAUACCGUUUGACCUGUCCCAGCCCCCGAUCAUCGAAGGAUUCACCCCGUUAACGAAGGCCAAAGACGAAAGCUUCAAGGAAAAAUUCCUGAGGAAAACUAAGGAGAAUCCAUUCGUCCCUAUAGGUUGUUUGGGAACAGCCGGAGCUCUGCUGUACGGUCUCCGCGCCUUCCAUCAAGGAAAAACCAGACAGUCCCAGAUGUUGAUGAGGGGCCGUAUAUUCGCUCAAGGCUUCACCGUUGUCGCCAUCGUCGUGGGCGUCUUCGCCACGGCGUUGAAACCAAAGCAGUGAGGGUUCUUCGGUGCAGCUCCUCAGCAGUGUCCUUUAAACUCUGUAUAAAACCAGAUCCGCUGUGGACUCUCUGAAUAACAUGCCAUACAUGUGACGGCGCUCGGAUAUGUAGCUUAUUUAUUGUGGAAAACGUUGAAUUUGCUGACGUUGAUAAAAAUGUUUUGCUGCUAGUCUGCUGAGUGGGAAAAGCAAAGCAGUUUCAUCUCAAGUAAGCGGAGUCUGGUUUAAUAACCCUGAGAGAUUUUUUUUCUUUUCCACAUGGUUUAUCAUUGAAAUAAAUGAAGCAACAUGUUUCUUCUUACAGAAAUUCAACUUGGAAUGUUUUUUUUUUCUGUUUAUAAAGGUGCUUUAUUUAAAUUUUGUCAUCUUGAUGUUAAGAUUAAGCCCUCCCUAACCCCGAAAUCCCUCAUCCUCCUUCCCCGCUCGGUUCCCGCCCGCCUGCACA